AUGGCUCCUCCCCUCCUUGCCCACCUCUCCUGGCCCGCGCCCGCCGGCAACUUAAGCAGCUUACGACAGCGCCUCAGACAAGGACGGGUCCUGAGCAAGUAUUUCUUAGUAGUCUGGGCAAGGAGUGGGAGUGCAGCAGUUGGUCCGCCGCCGAUCGUCGUCACCGAUGGAUGGCUUCUUGGCUGCAAUGCUAUACGCCCAUGGUACGACGCUGCCGGAUCGAAUUCGGUGGCUUGUUUUGGGGCGGUUUCUAAAAGCAAGCAACCUCAGGGGAGCCCCCUGGAUCCAGCACCGACAGGGAACGCACGUGGUGAUGUCUUCACCAUCUGCCUUCUCCAAUCAGCCAUCUUCACCCAACCAGAUUCGACUCUGCCAUCCGUUCGAUGUGACGGGCCUUUCGAUAGCUCGUCUUGUAUUGACGGGGUGGCUGCCGUGAUUUGGGCAAUCUCAGCCUUGCAACAAGAGGCGCCGGUUCGCCUGGCAGAACUCGCCCCCCUUGAGACAAUGCCAAAAAAACGAGGCGCUCGUGGCUUGGCGUCUUUGGUCACGGAUUACACCAGCCCGGUGGAGAUGUACAGUAUGGAAGCACGACGCCUCAUCCACAUCCACAUCCACAUUCACUGGCAAAUCCCGCAUCAAAAAGCCACCCUUCUGCUUCUGGCUUCCAAUUGCCCUCUGACACUAGACUGGGGCCAUGCUGUGCGAGAGCGUGGAAGCGUUCCAGAAUUGCCGCUCGGCUCCAUCCAAGAGGCGUUGACCUACGAGUGCUAA